UAUGCAAAUACGUUAGUGUACCGUGAUCAGUCGUGUUUAGUUAUCGCGGAGUUUGCCUCUGAAAAGCGAGUCUCGAAGUCGUACUCUGUGUUUUGGGGGCGCGAUUUAUUCUGUUUCGAAGCAAGCAGUUAAUGGAUAUAACUUCAACAGCUGAAAUUUCAUUUUACAAACUAUUGAUUUAAUUUAAAUACCAAUGAACGAUAUAAACGAUAAGAAGUAUGUGAGUACAAAGUGAGUUGUUGUGUUAAGUUAAGUUAAAUGUACGUUUUAUUAGCCGGAAUCACAUAGUGCAUUAUUAUGCGAAAACCGUAAUUGCCGUCUAAGAUGGACAAAGUAUGAUAACGCCUAUAUCGAGAUGUCAAGUGUGUCGAAUCAAUUAAAUUUGCUCGCUGUAGAGAUCAUCAACGCGGUAAUCUUGACUGUAAAGUGCACAACUAUAUUAACGGCGACAGAAACAGAUAUCGACAUCAGGUCCCCACACACUCGAAGUGAAAUCGAGACGGAAUUAAAAUAAUCGAAACCGUCAACGACGUCUACAAACGAGAGAACGGAAUUGUGAUUUUAACAAAACUCUACUAAGUUGAAUAACCAGAUUUCAAUAACAAACACCGCAUCUGAAAUUACAAGAGUGGAAAAAAAGAAGAAUCAUACUGGCUACUGGAAAACUCUGCAAACCUCUAUGGUAUCUUGUGAAAUUUUGGGAGCAAUUCGAGACACGUAACUGCAUUUCUGCCGAUUACUUGCGCUCUGAGUAAUUGAAGAGCUUUGUAGUAUUUUGCGGAAUUUUACGACUUUUACUUAAUUUUAACAACGUUUACAACUUAAGCCAGAAUCGUGGAGGUAAUCAAGGGACUACGUCGACUGACUGAGAGGUUCAAGUCAUGUUCAGUUGAAAGGGCGGAUGUGAUCAAGGCAGAACCAGUGCGCACUGAGUGGAUCGUAUGCUCACGGAAGCGAAUGGGGUCGACGCCGAGUUCUCCGAAACCGGACUCGGUGGCCGAGGAAAAGUUUUGGGUGCCCCCGGCGGUCAUUGACCGGAAGCGAGCGCAGAGCCUCGUGCCUUCGUCCCUGAACGAUAGCGAAGAAGAGGCCAGCUCAGGUGCCACAACACCAAAGUCGUUGUGUGGACUGCGCGAGUUCACUUAUGGGUUCCAGUCCACGCCCUUAAUUCACGCCUCCUCCGACGAAGCAACAUCGCCGACACCGACAAGUCAAAGACAACGACGGGCCUCUAUGCAGGAUGCCAUUGACUUUCGGAAGAUAGAUUCAAAGUUAUAUGAUCGACGAGUGCUUAGACGCCAAAGAUCCGUAGCAAACAUUGAAGAAGACCCUCUUGGAAGCAUCAACUUUAGUCUGGACUUCAAUGCAGAGACAUCUUUGCUGACCAUUUAUCUCGUCGAAGCCGAGAAUCUCGCCACGCGAGAUGAUAGGUCAACCGCUGAUCCAUAUUGCAAAGUAAGACUACUUCCCGAUCGGCGCACGCAUCUUCAAAGUAAAAUACAUCGAAGAACAACGCAGCCGAUUUUUGACGAAGAGUUCAUUUACGAGGUGGACGAAAACAAUUUGAGCUCCAUGACUCUUGAACUGCUAUUGUUCGAUUAUGACCAAUUUGCUCGCCACGUGUGUAUGGGACAGGUUAAACUUCCUCUGGAUAACGUGGACUUUUCCAAACGCCAAUCCUUCUGGAAACCGCUUUCGAAAUCCAAGGAAUUUAAAACGCAAGAUAACGGCGAAGUGAUAUUCUCCCUUGGAUAUUUGUCCAGUGCAGAACGAUUGACUGUAGUUGUAAUGAAAGCAAGGAAUUUACGAUAUACCGAACGUGGAAAGAUGACGAUAGAUCCGUACGUAAAGGUCUCACUCAGUACUGGGCCAGAGAAAAAGGUAAAGAAGAAAAAGACGUCAACGCUCCAUAACGUCUCUGACCCAGUUUGGAACGAAGCUCUCACGUUCAGCCUUCAAAAAGACUGUCUACAGAACGUAACGCUGGAAGUUCUGGUCUGUAAUGACAACAAAGUUGGCAACGACGUAUUGAUAGGUCGUGCGAAGAUCUCGCGAGAAUCUCGGGGCGACGAGAAACUCCAUUGGGACGAAUUAGUGAAUUUUCGAAGUGCGGUUGCCAGAUGGCAUAAACUGUCUUUGUAAAUAUGACUUUCAUGCCUUUCGCCAAUUAAGUUACCCGUGACUGCACCCUUGACUGAGAAUAGUUUAGUUAAACUUAUGCAUGCGCUUUUUCCACUUGUCUAACAGCUUUCAGUUUUGAUUAUUAAGCAAAAUGGUUUUGGGAUAUUUCGCUUUUGAUAUCAAUUGUAUCGUUUUGUUAGUUUUUCAUUGCCAUCUUAUAACUGAAAAUAUUGUACUAUAUUAAUUUUCUAUACAGGACAUAAUCAGAACGUAUUAUAUUAAGUAAAGAUUGCAUUUGCAAACUUUCUUUAUACUGGACAUGAGUAACAAGUAAUGGUCUGAGACAGGCGUUGUUAACAAUGCGUACUAUAACUAUCAUAUACAUUUAUGACAUUUUUGUUAAGUUAGAAUAGUUUCGGAUAAAUUACGACACUACUGCGUAUCCCGUCUAGUCACGACAAAUACAUGUGCAAUUUUUCCAGGGUUGUUGUCAUCAGAAAUGAGACUGUAUGACUGGGCCAUCAUCGACAAAAAAUUGACAUGCACUAAAUACGACUAUAUCUUGACCUUUGAUAUAUUGUGGAAAAAGUUGUCAAAUUGUCAUAAUCGUUCAAACCAAAUUAUAUCGUUGACGUAUGUGUUGAUAAACAAUUACAAGUCAUCUUUACAAUUUAUUUAUAAAUAAUAAUUUAAUUGAAUUGGGCUCUAUUUAUAGCCGUUCCACAAGGUUGAUUGUCCUUAUUGACAUAUUAUAGUGCAAGUGACGUGAAAAAGGCAUGAAUUCCUACUUCAUAAAUAAUUAAACAAAAAAGUAUCUUUUCAUAUUUAAGUUAAGUAAAUUAUGUUUAUGAAAUGUUUAACCUCAUUCUUGUAAGGCUAGUUUGUAUCAAUUCGUAUCUGUUCAGAAAUGUAUGUGAAAACUAAAACCGUUCCAAGAAAUGUAUAUACAUAUUGCUUAUUUAAAUCCCACGCCUAUAUAACAAAAGAUCAAACUGUAUUGUAUCUUCUCUAUUCUACAAGAUUGAUGCAUACUCAAUUGACACUUAUUUGUGUGUACAUAUACUUACCCAAGGUUAUAUCGUUUGACGUUUUCUGUUGAUGUAAACUAUAUUUACUUAAUGCGUAUUUAUGUUAUUAUUUCAUGCGAGACCUUUGUGUCAGCUCAUCGUUGAAAUAUUGAAUAAAAUUCAUUAUAUCGGUUUGAUACUUUU